UUGACCAAGGUCACAUUGAGAAACUUCUCAAAGAUGCCAGACUCACUCUGCUGCCUGCAACAUGGGAAUAAUUCAGAAGCAUCUCCUAUCAAAUUUCCCUCCAUCAAGCUCACAGCUUUUUGAAUGAAUGAAUUGCUUAAGUCAAACAAUCCCCCACUUGAAGCUGAGCAUAUUCAGCUGAAGGAUGUUAUAGGUGAAGGCCAUGUGUUUUUAGCCAGACUACAGAAACAGAUAAUGCAGAUACAGGCUGCACUUGAGGCAGUUUUGGAUGAGGGGAGACACAUCAAGUGCCUGAUUGAAUCCUACAAGACAAUCCUUCAUCCCAUCUGUAUGAUUCCUGAUGACAUUAUACACAAAAUCUUCUUGACAUACCACUUUGAGGCUGUAAUUGAAAGGCAAGGGAGAGAGUCAUUGAAUAGGCAGUUCAUGCCAUUAGUUCUUUUCCAGGUCUGCAGAGAUUGGAGGAAGAUCACACUGUCAACAUCUCUGCUUUGGUCAUUCAUUACACUGGAUUUUGAACUAUACAGGAAUGAGCAGAUGUGCCAGAAUCUUCUUCAGAUGCAUCUUCAAUGAUCUGUCUCAUACCUGUUCUUAUCUUGAGUGCACCACAGUGGAUCAGUGUUUCAAUGACUAUCCCUUAUGAUUUUCUAUAUGCUUUCUCUGUUGUUAGAGGCUCUCUUCAC